AUGGGUGGGAGAAAGGACAUCUGUAAAGGAAAAUUCGGGACAACCUUCAACGCCCAAAAAUGGCGAUCCUUGGAUCCCUGCGGCCUAAUAGGAGCUUCAGUCUCGGUGUCGAUUCACAUCUUCUGCUUCCUUGUUAUUGCUACCUACCUCGUCGAAGGUUCGCUGAUUGCAAAUGGAAUAUUUUUGCUUCUCUACACUCCUUCUGUUAUUCUUGCGCUUUCUUCCCUCUAUAUGGCAUGGGUAACAGACCCUGGAGCAGUUCCAAUGGGAGCACGACCUCUGGUCACAGUGAGACGAGCACCCAGUGGAGCGCUGAGGGAUACGACGAGUUCUCGAGCCAUUCGAAGAUGCAAUAAAUGCAAUGACAACUACAAACCGAACCGUGCACAUCAUGAUUCGGUUACUGGCAGGUGUAUUGUUAAAUUUGACCAUCACUGUCCCUGGAUUGGCAACGCUGUAGGUGCCCUUAACCACAAGAUGUUCUGCCUGUUUGUGUUCUAUACAAUGAUCUCCUGUGUCUGGUCUGUUGUUCUGGUUGUAGCACGAGUAGCGAAAUGCAAGUCACCAUUUGUUGAUCCAGCGGAAGACAUACUAGAAAGCUGUGAAUUUUGGCAUCACAAUUGGAUGAUACUCGCGGUGACGCUGGUGAGUCUGAUUUUCUUCUCAUUCACAAGUUGCAUGCUCUGUGAACAAGUCGAAGCUAUCAAAACGAAUGCCAGCAAGAUCGCACGAAUGAAAAUGAAGGUAGGACAAGCUGGGACCGAGCUAUCAAGGGUUACAGAAGAGUUCAAUGAAAUGUUUGGUGGGGAAAGUAACCAAGUCGCAUGGCAUUGGUUCUUGCCAUUGUCGGUCACUUUUCCACAAGGUAUGAAGAAGGUUGUGCUCGGAUAUGAAUGGGACGAAACUUUUGAUCCGUCCCCAUACGAAGAGCCAAAUCAAGGCGACGAAGAAGAAGGGAGAAUCGAGAUGACGGCAUCUAAGCAUCGAUCUGAAUCGUCAACAAAAUCUGUAAAUGCAGAAGGGUUCCAAUCAAGUUUGGCCGGCAACGACCAACUAGGCUUUCCUAGAGACAGAAUGCCUCGGUCUUUUUUUCUUCUUUCGUUGAGUUUUGACACAGGAAGCUAA